CGGGACCGCCGAGCUGGGGCUGGGCAACGCAGGGGCGCCGCAAGCCAGAUGGAAUGGCCUGGCAGGCUGGAUCCAGCCCCCGGACUGUAUCUUGCCCACCCCUGACUUAAUGCUAGUCAUCCAGCUAGUCGGGGUGCCCUGGGUCAGGGUUUGAUGCCAGCAGUGUGGAGUGGCAGUAGCUGCUAACGCAAGUCUUCUGCAUCCCGACUCCGAGAUGUGCUAGUUGUUGCAACAUUGGUUGAGUCUGUUGGAUCCACUUUGCUGCUGUCAUCUCUUCCUGCAUGGCUGAGAGUUGUUCCAUGUCGGAGAUCCCGAGCUCCUGGGAAAUAUACCAGCAAAACGUAGCCUAUCUUCCAGAUGCCGAAAUGGAGAUCAUGGCAGCAAGCACCUCGCUGCCUGACCCAGGCGGCGAAUUCGAUAGGAACGUUCCCCGGAUCUGCGGUGUCUGCGGGGACAAGGCGACGGGCUUUCAUUUCAACGCUAUGACGUGCGAAGGCUGCAAAGGGUUCUUCAGGAGGAGCAUGAAAAGGAAAGCGAUGUUCACGUGCCCCUUCAACAGCGACUGCAAGAUCACCAAAGACAACCGGCGGCACUGCCAGGCCUGUCGGCUGAAGCGCUGCCUGUGCAUAUUCUCGCCAGGGAAAGCACGCCUCGUACAGCCAGUGCUGCAGCUGCUGUACAUCUCCGGGAGUCCUGUGAUCAAGAGAAUCUCAGCUUGCUUCUUAUGGCGAAUAAAACAGGUUCCUAGCCCUGCUGCCUGCCCAGAAAAGCUUGAAAAGCGUGAACCUCCCAAAGUUCAGGCCAGAAGGCACGUCCAGGGUGAUUCAUGGCUAGGAGGCAUGGCAAGCUCUGGAGUCAUCCUGACAGACGAGGAGGUCCAGAGGAAGAGAGAGAUGAUAAUGAAGCGCAAGGAGGAGGAGGCGCUGAAAGAGAGCAUGAAGCCCAAGCUGUCGGAGGAGCAGCAGAACGUCAUCGACAUCCUGCUCGAGGCCCAUCGCAAGACCUACGACCCGACCUACUCUGACUUCACCCAGUUCCGGCCUCCUGUGAGAGCCAGAGAGGACCAAAGACUGACCAGGUCAUCGUCUGUCCUGACGCAGGGUUUUUCAUCGGAAGAUUCCUCGGAGCCUUUUGGUUCUUCUCCAGAUUCAGUGGAGCAUGGCAUGUUCUCCAACCUGAUGCUGAGCGAGCCCGAAGACAGCCCGUCGAUGGGCAUCAACUUUUCGCCCCUCACCAUGCUUCCCCACCUGGCCGACCUGGUUAGCUACAGUAUACAGAAAGUGAUCGGCUUUGCCAAGAUGAUCCCUGGGUUCAGGGAUCUCACAGCAGAGGAUCAGAUCGCCCUGCUAAAGUCCAGCUCCAUUGAAGUCAUUAUGCUCCGCUCAAAUCAGUCCUUCACCUUGGAGGACAUGUCAUGGACCUGCGGCAGCAAUGACUUCAAAUACAAAGUCAGUGAUGUUACCCAAGCGGGUCACAACAUGGAGCUGCUGGAGCCACUUGUGAAAUUCCAGGUGGGCUUGAAGAAGCUGAACCUGCACGAAGAGGAACACGUGCUCCUCAUGGCCAUCUGCAUCCUCUCGCCUGACCGCCCCGGCGUGCAGGACACCGCGCUAGUGGAGACCCUUCAGGACCGCCUCUCCAACAUCCUGCAGAGCUACAUCCAGUGCCAGCAUCCUCCCCCGGGCAGUCGCUUGCUCUAUGCCAAGAUGAUCCAGAAGUUGGCGGAUCUGCGGAGCCUCAACGAGGAGCACUCCAAACAGUACCGCUGCCUCUCCUUCCAGCCGGAGCACAGCAUGCAGCUCACGCCACUGGUCCUGGAAGUCUUCGGCAAUGAAAUCUCCUGAUUCUUUUUCUGGAUGCAGGGAUAAGCACCCAGAAAUAAAAGGAUAAGUCAGGCCAGCUUCCCUUAGGUGAGCAAAUUGAGAGGGGUGCCCCUUCACGGGGGGUUGUAUAUAGGCAGAUCAUUUUCACACUACUGGAAGUCCUGUGUCGUCUGCACAGCAGCAGUCGCCUGGGUCAGCUUUCUGCAGAGCGGCAAGCAACCCAGCCAAGCAUUUAUUUUCCCCCUCCGUUGAGUGGCUUUUCUCCUUCCCUUCCUUCUGGAAGCGGCUGAUUUAACCCUUUCUGGAUGUCGUAAGGCUGGCUGCAACCUUCAUGCUCGGACCCUGCCUCACACCAACUCCUACUUUAUUUUAUUUUUAUUCUUUGUGUGUUCUACAAAGGAAAACCUCAAACUGGCAGCUCCGAUGCUGGGCCACGUGGAAGAAGGAAUGAGUGGGGACUUCUCACAAACUGAUGUUCCUGGCUGAGAGGAAGGGUGUCCUUUUUCUAGCUCUCCCUCCGUUCCCCUUCCUAAAACACUUGUACCUGGGUGCCAUUCAAGUAGGGUUUCUGCCUCGUUCCAUCCCAAAGUCAAUCCCCACAUGUGAAUCCCUGCCUUCUGCCGCUGGCUGCAAAGCACCACUUGUUCAGCGCUAAAAAGAGUUUUUGAUCUAGGAAGAAUGUCAAACUUGCCUUUGGUGGGACUGAUUCCUUGCAUCUCCGUCUCAGAGAGAGCUUUGUUUGCCAGGCGCGUGCAAUCAGAGGAUGCUCCAAAGCCAUGGUACGCUGUGGUCACUGCAUCACCGUUAACAUGACAAACGGACAGGAUGUCUGAGCUCACCCGGUCUCAGGGAUUGCGGUGUUGAGUGCCAUGCAGGUGUGUGAGAGAGCAAGAGGAAUCCACGCUAGCCAACAAGCAGUGCCAAGUCUGCUCCCGCCAUGUUUCAAACACUACUAGUGGGCAAGAUGAGAAAUCAAAGAACCCACAGGGACCUACAAUCCCCCCGACAGCCUGUGAUCUGGAUGACAAAGGGCUGCCUGGCAGAUCUGCUGAGCCUGCUAAGUGUGAGGUCUUAUGAUAGCUCCCUCUGCUUCUAUGGAGUUCCCCCUCUGUGCCCUAAAAGAGACCCCAUUUUGCAGCAAGAUUGCAGCCUUUGCUAGAGGA